AUGUCUUCUUCUUCAAUUUCCAGCACAAACACCCUUUUCAUUAUGUUUUACUCUCUACUUUUCUUCUGUUUUUCCGGCAAUGCGGACACCAGAACCACCACAUUUGACUUCCAAACACUUACUCUCACAAGCUUGAAGUUCCUCGGCGACGCUUACUUGUUCAACAAUAGUGUCAGACUCACCCGAGAUCUCUCCAUCCCUAACUCUGGCGCCGACAGGGUUUUGUACAACAAGCCCGUUAGAUUCCGAAGACCUGGGAGCCCUAAUCCGACGAGUUUCUCAACGUAUUUUUCAUUCUCGCUUAUUAAUUUGAAUCCGGGUUCGAUUGGAGGUGGUUUGGCUUUUGUCGUAUCGCCGAACGAUGAAGAUGUCGGCGAUGCUGGUGCGUAUUUGGGUAUUCCUACCGGCACUGUUGCUGUUGAGUUUGAUACUCUAAUGGAUGUCGAGUUCAAAGAUAUUAAUGGGAAUCAUGUGGGUUUGGAUCCUGACUCCAUGGUUUCUUCCCAAGUUGCCGAUUUGGACUCCAUUGAAGUUAAUUUACAAAGUGGCACUCAAGUCAAUUCAUGGAUAGAUUAUUCAAGUUCAACUCAGUAA